CACAUUGACGUCUGUGCAUCUUGCCACUCUAUCCUAUACUAUCCUGCCACAUCCUCACUUUACAUCUCACAACACAUCCCUCGUCCCUCGCCCCAGACGUGCUGCCGCACCGCACGACGGGCCUGAGCUCCGCGCCAGGUAGCCGGCAUGGCCAUCCCCCCCGCCAGUGCCUCGUCCCGGCCUCCUCACUCGAACGGCGCCUCCUCCCUCCUCCUCCCCGAGCUACCCGCAGAGCUCCUGCUGCGUAUCUUCUCUCAUCUCCCUUUCUCAUCCCUCGCGUCCCUUUCCCUCACAUGUAGGGGCCUGCAUCGCUCGGUAGACGAGAUAGGAUGGACGACCUGGCUGCUAAGCCGGAGCGAGGAUAAUGAUCCCGACCCGCAGCGCAGAAUCGAGGUGCUCAGCCGCGAAGAAGGGAAUCAGAGUGGCUUAAAAAGAGUGAGAGAGAUGAGGCGAUGCGAUGAGGUGUGGGCGAGCAAGGCAGUAAGGGCUAGAGGGUUUGGGUACAAGGAGUUGCUCCUGGCCAGCAGCGGCAGUGAUGCUAUGGAGCCGAUUAAUGGGAGCGGUGGCCGACCACCGAGGGACUGGCCGGCUUUCCCUUGCGCCAAGCUUUGCGCGCAGGGUCUCAUAGUGGCAAUGAGGAGCCUCGUCGUCUUCUGGUCCAGCGCAUCGCUACAGGAUCAGGCGGGGAUCUGCUCGGAUAGGAAGCCGAGGGUGUAUCAUUUGGGUGAGGCGAGCGGGUGGCAGGAGAUCAAUGCAGUCGAGGUGCUAGAGGCCCAACCGGAUAGCAUCGUUCUUGCUGUAGGACGCUUUCAUGGCGUGCUCGAGCUGUGGCGUCUGCCCAUUGGCGUCGACGACGGCGGAGGCGGCAAGGCUAGAGCCCGGGGGAUGGGGAGCUGUGAACCCUCACCGGGCAAGCCAGGGAGCGUACAGUCCAUCUCUUAUCUGCCCGAGGAGCGCCUUCUGGCCAUAGGUUGGAAAGACGGGCACGUAGCGCUGUACACGCUCAAUACUCGCUGCGAGCUCGAGCCCCUAUUCUCCUGGAAGAUCCCCCGCAACGCCAAGCUGUGGUGCCUCCACCUCGGCCUGCACUACCUAGGCGGCGAGCCCUGGCUAGCCAUCGGUUGUCAGGCGAACACGGAGCCGGGGUGCAACCCCUCGCCCCUCAUCAUCUACACGGACGUGCUACACUGGGCAAAUCAGUGCGCCGCCGCCCACCGUGAGGGGCGGCCCCGCCCCUCCCCUGCGGUGAUCUGGCCCAUCAACCCGUCCCGCACAUCCAUCUAUGCCCUCGCCUCUCCCCGUCCCUCCAUGUCCUCCCCAACAUUCCCCACACACACCCUCUACGCAGGCUGUCACAACGGCACAAUUGUAGCCCUGGACGUAUCCCAAGGCGGGAAGUUCCUCGCACGCUAUCGUGACGCAUACGACGAUUCGCCCGUGUACAGCCUUUCGCUCGGCGUGGGUCAAGGGUCGAGGAGCAUAGCAGCUGGAACGGGACGACAUGGUUGCUUAAAGUUGUACGAGCAGGGUAGGGAUCGUGAGCCCUUGUCCUAUCCCGAGCAGCAUGGGGAUGUUCCCAAGUCACCGGGAGAAGGCGGGGAAGGGUGGACCCUUUUCCCACCUUCACCGCCGCCUUGUAAUUCUCCGACGUAUGCCGUCGUGGGGGAGCAUGGGAGGUUGUUCUGUGCUGGGAGGGAGAAGUGUUGGGAGUUUGAUGCGAGGGGGACGGCGAGGAGUGGGAUGCGGGAUGAGGCGAUUAGGUGUAAAGGGGCAGCGUGGUAUAGGCAUCGGGAGAUGGUGUUGAUGAGGACGUGUGGUGAAGAGGGGGAGGGGGGCGAGAAGCAAGAGGAGGAGAAAAAGGACAACAAGAAGAAGGGAAAGCGAUGGAGUGCUGGUGGGAAGGGAUUUUGGCGCGGUCGUAGACGGUGAAGCGGUGAGGCGGUGAAGCGGUGACGGAUGAAUGAUGAGCCACGCUUUUUCAACGGUGACUUGACCUUGCCUGCUCUUGGUCGCGUGCGCGUGGGCGGGAGUGAGCGAGUCCAACACUUGGGCCCCGCCUUUGCCCUC